AUGGAGAUUUCUGAACCAUGGGAUGGAAACCACGGUACACUCUCUGUUUAUGUCAGCAAAGCUAAAGAUCUACCUAAUCUUAUAAAGCUAGACAAGCAGAAUGUGAUGCUAAGAUUGAGGGUUGCGCAUAUGACAAGAGAAAGUGAUACCUUAUUUCGUGCUGGGCAAAAUCCUGUAUUCAAUUAUCUUGAGAAGUUUGAAAUGACACCAGCCGUCCAGCCGUUAAUGUAUGUUGAAGUUUAUUGCGAUAGAAAGAAAAAAGCACCUUUACAAAUAGGGAGGUGUGAAAUAGACUUAUUAAACGGUAUAAGAGCUGAUCCUAAAGAAGGGUACUGUAAAUGGUAUGAAUUAAAAAGGGAGCAGAACGAAUUUGCUGGGAUUAUAUUUAUUGAGUUAAGCUUCAAACCUACUGUGGAUAUCGCACGCAAGGAAAGAGUGGAUGAGAAGGCUAUGAGAUUAGAUGCCUCAAUGGUAAGUCGACCAAUGCCGCCAUUACCAACUGAAUUUGACACCAGUUUGUCUCCAAAUCAUCCAAUGAGUCACAGUCAUAAUAGUUUGCAAUCCGCUGGCAAUCUAAAUUAUUCUCCUAAUUCGUUACCAAAUGUGUCGAAUACACAACCAUAUAUGCAUGGGUCAGAAAUGAGACAGAUGACUCCAUUGAUUGAACGAUUAAAUAUAAAUGAGAAUUUGGAAGAAGGAGAUGACAUUAUGCCAUUCUCGCCCGACCGAUCUAACGAUAGCAGUGAGUACCGUAAUAAUUUUAUGUCCUCCAUGGGUAGUAGCAACACCACAACCUCUACAGAAACCAAAGCAACAGUAGUAUCUACAACAUCUGAAACCAAGUUUCACUUUGCUAAUCUCAGAAAAUUGAAAGAAAAAAUAAAUAUCUUUAAGAAUCCAAGUUUUCCGAAUACAGAUGUAGAGGAUAAUAGUGUGGAUAUUGAAGCUUUACAGAAGGCUAUUGGUGUAUCCUCCCCUGAUGAGAAAAGCAAACCAUCGGGGGAACUUCAAAACAUAAUAAAUCAUAAUCGAAAAGAAUCAAAGGUACAAGGGCAACAUAGAUAUCCUUCUGAAGCCCAUAGAGGUAAUUCGUACGACACAGAAAGGAAUAAUAAUGUGAUGGACAAUCGAUCAAGGAGAGAAGAGCCAAAACAUAAUCGUAAAACUUCAAACCAACCAUUGCUUCCUCCUCUUCCGUCUACAAAAGAAUUAAAGAAUAGCAGAAACAACAGUCCUUAUAAACAUAUUCAUAAUGAUACUCACGGAAAUAGAUAUGGAUCACCAGACGCCAAAUCUCCAAUAUUGCCUCCACUUCCAACCUCGCCAAGAUCGAGAGGUAGCUCAAUAUCACCAACAAGGAGAAGACCUCCCCCAAGUUAUUAG